GACGAGACGGGGAGGAAUAUUCCUCCCCGUGGGGCGGAAAUGAGGGGCAUUUUCUCCUCGCGAAAUUUCGCGGGGAAUUUUCCCCGCCCAGUGGAGCCUCGUGGGGAUUCUCAUCCCCACGAAAAAUUUUUUCCUCACUCACUCUCACAGCCUCACCUUCGACUUUCCCCUUCCCUUUUGGCUUCUGCUGCUGCUGCUACAAAUCUGCUGCUGCUGCUGCUACAAAUCUGCUGCUGCUGCUACAGAUCUGCUGCUGCUGCUAUAGAUUUGCUGCUCCCUCACAACCCAACUGGCAAAGUUUUCUCUAAGGAAGAGCUUGAAGUGAUCGCUGAAGCCUGCUGCAGAUGGGAUUGCCUUGCUAUAACAGAUGAAGUAUAUGAGCACAUAACAUUUGAUGACCAGAAACAUAUAUCUCUUGCCUCACUCCCAGGAAUGCAAAAGAGAACUAUCAUCACAUCCUCCUUGUCUAAAACUUUUAGUGUUACAGGUUGGAGAAUUGGAUGGGCUAUUGCUCCAGCUUUUGCUGCAUCUGCAAUCCGAAACAUUCAUGUCAAAAUUACAGAUUCUGCUCCAGCACCUUUCCAAGAAGCUGCCUUAACUGCUUUGACAAGCCCCCCUGAAUAUUUUGAAGGACUAAAAAAAGUAGAAUAUGUUAAGGAAUUAAUAAAAGAGGCAGGGGUGGUUGCUGUACCAGGAUGUGGAUUUUUUCAUACAAAGCUUUCUAUUGAACCAUCAUCUGAGGCAAGUUGCAGCUACCGGAAGAGAUAUGUAAGGUUUGCCUUCUGCAAAAGUAUUGCUACUUUGGCAGCCGCUGCACAGAAGCUUAGUGAUCUUAAGAAUGCUACCAGGUAUGAACACUCCUAGUAUGCGAGGUGAGUUAAGGUAUGAGAGAGAGUUAUCUCUUCUAGAUAAAAAAAAAUGAUAUGCUUACAAUGUCAUGUGAUAUUGUAAAUUUAUACCAUGUGUUCUUAUAUAAUUAAUUCUUUUUAUUCAUAAGUCUACAUGUAAUAUUUUAUGAGCCUUCUCGUUAAAUGUUACAUUAUACUUAUUUAAUGUUUUAUAUGAUUGUAAUGUGAUAUAAAUUUGUAAGUUUACA